GUAGUCCUUCUAGGGGUGGGUCUUUCUUGGCAAAGGAAAACCCACCUUUUUCAUUGUUUGGAUCUCGAAGGAAUGUGAUGGUUUGAUCCUGCUGCGCAAGGGAGGGGGUGAGAGAAGGAACCAGCGCGGACCCUGCUGAGAACUGCUCUAUUCAUCCUCAAAAAGUCAAACGCGGUUUGCCCUUGCAGAGAGCUACCUCCGAAAACGGGUCUUCUCCCGGUGCUCAAGGCCAACAGAACUCAUUCACCACUGAUAGUGGAGUCCUGGCUCCUGACAUGUGGACUUAAAACUUGUCUUUGAUUCCUGAAGUCCAUAGGCUGCUUAGAAAACUCCACUAUACAAAUGUGUACCCCUCCAUCAAACAAUCAUAAAGACCUCAUAGUAGAGUAGUAUCAGAAGGGAAAAAUGACAGACACAACAAAUCGCCAUCUGAGACACAAGUUGCAGAGCUUAGGACGGCGUCUGGAUGAACUUGAAGAGGCCAAAGGCAAGUUACAGAAAGCUGAAGAUGAACUUCUUGACAUUCAGGACAAAAUCAUUCAGGCUGAAGGGAGUAAUUCCUCAUUGCUCACAGAUGUGGAAACAAUGCGAAAGAGAUUACUCAAAAUUGAAGGUAAAGAUGAGGAGGUCAGGAAAGCAGAGGAUCUUUGUCGUGAGGUUAGGGAGAAAUUAGAUCAGGAGGAGAAACUUACUAAGGAUUUUAAAGUGGAGAUUGAACGUCUUCAGCGCAGAAUGACUGAACUUGAGAAACUUGAAGAGGCUUUUGGCAAAAGCAAGUCAGACUGUACCCAGUUGUGCCUUAGUCUUAAUGAGGAGAAAAACCUGACUAAAAAGCUUGCAGCAGAGCUUGAUGCUUUGAAGGCCCGUGUAAAGGAAGUGGAUGCCUCUGAAGGUCGACUAGACAGGGCAGAGAAAUCUCUCACUGCAGAGAUGGAGAAACUAAAAAGUCUCACUCAGACAUUCAUCAACGAACGCAAAAGGCUUCUGGAAAAGCAAAAAGAGGAUGACAAAAUCAUACUCAGGUUGACUGAGAAGCUUGAACGUCAAAAAAAUAAAGUAGGCACAACAGACCACAGCCGAACUGAUUCUAGAGAUCUUCGAAUUGAGGAUGAGUUGUCAUCAGGCCUUACAUGCAAACUGGCCAGGAAGAAGAGUCUUGACUACUUGAAGCAUUCAGAUGACCUUGAUUUGAGAAAUGAGUCAGAGAAUGAGAAAAAUUGCUUAGAAGGUCAGGAAGAUAAUAAGGUUAAAGACCUCAGUCAGGAAGUGGAAAGACUGAAGAAUCGUUUGAAGCAGAUGGAGUUAGUGGAGGAGGACUUGAGGAACAUGGAAUCCAAGAAUGCUGAACUCAUAGAGAAGUACCAGCAGGAGAGGAACCGUAGUCAAGCUCUCCAUGACCAAGUUGAGCAGAUGAGAAUGGAGCUCAAUGUUUGCAGCACAAGUAAUGGAAACUCAGCAAUUACCACCACUACAAAGGUCCUGGAGAAUGGCAAGGCAGAAAAUGAGGAGUUUAAUGUACGGGGAGGCUUCAGACAGGAGAAACCUAAAUUUCUAAAUAGGAGUCCUGCUGCUUCCGAACAAGUCACCUCCAAGUACAAAAGCAGAGAUUCAUCUCCUCAACAGAGGCGAGAAACAAAGCUGAGGAACAAAGAUCUUUGUCACUCCAGAGAAAGUUCCCCAAAGACUGUACGUAGGACUCUUAGUCCAGCACAUAAUGUUAGAAAAGGUCAAAAGACCGGUGCUUCCAACACUUCUGACAAUGGGACAAGAGAUGGUAAGAAAGAGGAAAAAAUUGCAAGUGCCUCAUCAUGUGCUCUCAGCGAAAGCAAGAAAGUUUCAGUCCUUAGUCGCUAUCCUCCAGCUGCUAAUGACCAAAAGUCUUGGAGGCCAUCGGUCAAGCAAAAUGACAGUGAUUGCAAGAAGAGUCGAGUGGAGAAGUUGCCCAAGUGCCCUGGAAGUGAUAAUGAAUCGAGCAACUCUGAUGCGACACAUUUAAAUUCAGCCAGAGCCACUAUCAUUGCUUCACCUGAAAAAGGACUUGCUGAACCUGAGAGUUUAGAUCAGGAUACUUCUGCAGUGUUGAGUCUCUCAAAGGCAAACGGAUCCUAUACUGCUUAUAGGUCUCAUGUAUCUCCAUCUUUUCUGACUGAUCAUGGAUCUGAUGGCCACUCCUCAGCAUCUGAAACAGAAUCUACUGGCUCAAGGAAAUCGGUUGGUGAACAAAGUGAUCCACUAGUGUCGAGUACAAGUGGAAGAACAUCGAAGUACACUAGAUACUCACGACUACAAGAUUCUUACUCUGAUGCUUCCUCAAAGAGCCCCUUCAGUGAGGAGCAGCAGAGGCCUCUUACAGAGGAAGAGGAAGCACAGGAGACUAUGCAUUCUUCCUCAGGUAUUGAGGUCCGCAGGGUAUGCAGCCCCCGUGAAUCCCUCCAGUCAAAAGCUGUCAUCAAGCAAGCCAUUGUUGAGAUCGACAGGAAGGAAGUGAUGUCAGGGGGAACCACAGAGGCUUUGACCACCAGUGGGAAACCCAAGAUCUCCACUAAGCCAGUAUUGACUAGCAAAAUGACCAGCAGUAUCACUUUCUAUCCCAAUGACCCCAGCUCAUCUCGAACAAGCAGUCGCAGCAGUAGUUUAUCAAGUGAGCCCCCUUCCAAGGAAAGGCACACUUCCACCAGUAAUAUUGUCAUCGGCCCCAGCAGUGAACACAGGGGUAGCAUCUCUAUACCUUAUGAAAUAUCUAUCCCUAAGAGUGAGCUCACUCUGCGUCAAAGUGAAACUGACACCGACUUCUCUGAACCUCACAGUUACCUUGAGACUGCUCCCUUUGAGGCAACCCUCCUGUCUCAAAAUAGUUUCAGCCUCCAGUCUUCUGAUGCCUCAGACUUCAACAAUGACAUUGAGUCUGGGUUUGAGAGCAGCAGUAGCAGCACAACAGUGACCAGCUGGAGAAGCCACCCUCACAACCACCUCUCGUAUGAUGACAGUUUGUCAGAAAUGAGAAACAUCACAGUGAGGAGCACUUGGAAGAGCCGGGGAGCAGCUUCUGUGGAUGAAUCUGUUCAAGCACCGAGGCAAGAUGGCUCAGAGGAUGAGAGUGAGUCUACAAACACCUGGAGAGCAUAUAGGGCUACUACAGUGUUGGACACUCCAUCAAACUCUAGCAUGGGUGCUAACUGUGCAAAUAAACCAAGCCCAGCUGAGGUAUACAUGCGUAGGAUCAACAAUUCAGCAUCAUCUGUUCCUGAGCCAGGACGGAGAAACAAGAAGACCCCUUCACCAGAGAGGGCUAUUGCACAUGAGCCUGUCAGUGCCCAGCAACUUCAACCAAGAGUCCGUAAACAACCCCUGUCUGUAGAUGAUCGAGAUCCUGCUCUGUCCUCAUGGCGCAGGCAGCCCGCAGGUGACCUGGACUCGUACGAUAGGCCUGGGAGUCGUGGUGCAUGGUCCAGCAGGAACCGCACAGCUGAUGGAAGCCGGUCGUGGUCAAAUCGUCAUCUGGACAAUUGAACCCUAUCACCCACAUUUCCAACUCGAGUUCUUACAUCUCAAAGCGGCUCCUGUGUUCAAGGUAUGAAGCUCAUCUCAUCUCUCAAAGACCCAACACCUGAUCGGAUUCCCAGAUUUCCAGACUAGAGUGACCCCUGGGGACUUCGUACUACUCCUACAUCAACCAAACCUGUAUGAAUUCACCAUCUUCCAGCCAUCACUUAGGGAACAGAAGCCACAUGAAUCCUCUUCUGCUCCUCAUCGUGUAUUAAAGUCAUCAAACGUGACAAGGGAGAGGCACAGACAUGUGACUGUCUUGAUGUUGGGAGGAUGUGAAAGGGCCUCGGGUUCUGGUAGAUGUUCAAACCUUGAGUUAUUUUCAUAAGGAGCAAGUUACAGCUCGUUGGUUUUCAGUUCGUUUGACAAUCUCUCACUUUUGUUUUGUUUUUGGUCUACGGUGUUUAAUUCAGGAAUUCGUCAGGAUUAUCACACACAAAUGAUAUUUGUUGAUCAUCCAGACACGUAUUUUUCCCUUGUGUCGUAGGAACCCAUAGAAUCAACUACAUUCUAGAAGUUUAUGUUAAGCCAAAUGUCGACAGUAUAGAUUGAUGUACAUACGCCCAAUUUUUCAUCCUUAAAGCGCCUUGUGUUGAGUUUGAUCUCAUUUGUAAUUUGCUCCUUGUAUUUGAUCAUGUCUACUAGUUUUUCUUCAUCUUUUCAUUAACUGGAUUGAAUGCUCCCACAACCAGCAUAGCAAACGGGCCGCCAACACUUUACCAAAACUUUGCAAAUGUGUUUGCAUGAUGACCCUUCCCUGUCUCAGUAUCUCCGAAGGGAUGCUUACUUUGGAUUCCGAACUGCUGGAGAAUAAUACGAUCAUGUUAAGCUCAUCCGGAUGUGACCUCAUCCAUCUAGGUAGCUUAACCCAAAUGCUGGACGUUUUAUGGAGGAUAUCUAGAGCGGACUCCUCACAGCCGCUCUGACUCUAAUCGCAAUCUUUGCACAGAAAGACAAUGAUCCAAACACUCGGUGUGUCACAGGAAACCAGCGUCUGGGAUUCUGCUGGUAUGAUAAAACCCCUAGAUGGGUCAUGUUUUCAUGUUAUUUCAGCCGUAGAGCUUGAGCCUUGAGGGUGGCUAGCAUGACACCACACAGGAUCCCGAAUGCUUGAGUUAGGAAUGCUUGUGCCCGGAUAGAUGGCUUCACCAUAAAAAACAUUGUAAUGUUGGACACUUGGUUCUCAUGCGUUUAGUACUUGUUAAAGUGUUAAUGAAUAGAGCUGCUGCAGUUCAAAUGUACUGUUUCUAUUAGGUUUUAAACUCUAGUUUCACAUUCAGGCUCAGAUUUUGUCCUUGGACAUUACUCAACAGUGUCUGUGUGCAUUAAUAUCGCUCUUAUCCAAUACCAUGUCACAGUUGAUGACGAGGUAGGGUCCAUUAUCUCUGGAGGAACUCAACCUCCAAUGCCACUGGAAUGUGGGAUGUUUUAUUUGAUCCGUUUUUGUUUGAAUCGAAUGCUGUAUUUGUGUCAUGUUGUUAUAGAGUUCGAUGUUCAGGUGGACUGUUCUCUGUCAUUGCAACGUCUCGCUUAUUACACCUAGAAAAAGAUCCAUGCCACAUGAUCAUGCUUAGCUUUGGUUUCCUACGCUUCUGUGUAGACAUUCAUCCAUCUGCCAUGGGCUGGAUGGAGUCUUUGAAACUUUGCCUAUCAAUUAAUCCAUUUUAAGUGAUUCUAAUCUAUUUGUAAUUGCACUUAAAUCAUUAAAACACACUUCAAAAGUAAGAAAACAGACUAUAUCUUUCAGGAAACAAUUGCGAUUUGGAUUAUGCGACAGAAAUGGAGAUGAUGUGGCUUAUCAGAAAUAAAAAAGUAUUUCUUUACAAAACAUCAUUGACAUCCAACUUAAAACAGCCUUCAUGUAGAAGCGAGUGAGCCACAAUUUGACUUCGCAGAUUUGCUUUGUUCUGCAUGGUAAAAACAAAUGUGCGUCUAUAGAAAUGUAUAUCCCAGACUUCACCUCGACUUCCCGUUCAGGGGUCUCCUUCUGAAGCAAACAUGCUGUCUUCUGUAUGUCUUGCCCUGCUUUCCCAGAAUACCCUAGUGCCCUGAGCUGCUGUAAUCCAAGCUGCCGGUCCCUAAAGCCAUUUUAUUGGCUGGCUAAAGCAGUGGCAGCGUGCCUGAUAUACGGCCCCCAGGCUGGUUGCAGGUUAAAGGUCAUCGCUGCAUUUGAUGGGCUCAGAACUUCUGAGGGAGGAAGUGGGAGCAGCUGGCAGCACAAGAGGAAGCAGAGUGGGUGAGCGGCCAAUGGGUGGUGUGCAAUUCACGGAGAUGGAGCCUGUGUGUGGUACCAAGAGGGUCAGCCAGGACCUUACUUCCGUAAAUAGAGCUCAGCAUUAUGAAUUGUAAAACCCUCUCUAAAAAAAUUCAACCCACUCAAAGCUUGCAAACGCCAUCCUACCACUGCUGCAUGACCCAGAUGGAUGUGAUGAUAUAGAGCAAGUCUGGACUGGAAAUACCAGCAGACUCUACAUCUCCUCUCCCAACCCCCCGGCCAGGCAAACAUCUCUCGGCUGCUCUGUUGCUUCAACCGCAGCUGUCGGAAACCCUAGUUUUUAUGUGCUCACAAGACAGUCCAGAGUUUGUGAAGGAGUCUUCUUAAAGAGGCCGACUGAAACCGCAUUUCGCAUGGAAUUCUUCCUCGUUUCUCAAGCCUAUUUACUAACGUGUCAGUGUGCCGUUCGCCCUCAGAAGUCAUCCAACACAUGUCUCUGAUUUUCAUUCCUCCGCUUCUGUCUUUAGCUCUCGGUGGAAAUAAUCGCCGUGAUAUUCGGUUACACAUCUGAGAAUGGAUCAAAGGUUAUGUAGUUUCACUUAUUGUUCAUUUAAAA